AUGCCCAACGCUCCUCGCGUGACCUGUAGGACGAUUCCCGUCGAGCCUGGCCAGCUUCCGGCACCAGCAACUAAGCUCGUCAUCACCCAGGUGCUCCAAGCCAGUGACGAUUCCCAGUUCUGGGCGUUGAUCACCGUGGGGGCGUUUUACGAUAGCGAAGAUCGCAUCAUUUGGAGCACAGAGCAGUUUGCCGCCCACGUCGGCACUGACUCCGAGUCGGACGAGGAAGAAGCUUCCGAGGCGGAGGUAGAGACUGGGCGUGAAACUGAGGCUGAGCCCGAAGCUGAGGCUACGAUUGAGUCUACUACGACUGAAUCUACGAUUGAACCUAGUUCACCACCCGAUUUCGGGCUCACCACCCUGAACCAUACUGGCAACACCCCGUCAGCGCAUAUCGAGGCUAUAAUAACCACGAAUCGGCCUUCUCUCCCUCUCGGGGUUUGCCUCAUUCUCAUCUUCGUCCCCAUUACCACGCUCACCCUCACACCUGUCCUCACCACUUUCCUCACUCCUAUACCCACUCUUAUUCUCAUCAGCCUCACAUCCACUACCUGGCUGCACCCAGCUUUCCAGCGCCGUCAUCGCCUAUUGGCAGCCCUAUUGGCAGCCCACCUGCUGGCUGGAAUCCCGUCUUCUCCGGUCCUGUCCCAGGACAUUGGCAAGCAUCCUUCCAACCUAGCAUCGGACGCUGGCUUUACCGUAGACAUGUCCGGAGGUUGGAAUCCAUUGACAGGCCGCGACUCCGGCUCCGGCCGCCCCGCCUUUACUCCGUACGGAGCCCCUCAGCCGGCCCAAGGCCAAGCAUACAUUCCUCAUGCUGGCGGGCCCGGCUACUCCUUUGGUACGAUGCCUCAGCAAAGCGCUUGGCCUAACAUGACUUACGGAUACUAUCCUCUAGCCGCCGCCCAAGGCGUCCCUCAAUAUGUAAUGCCCGGAGCUGGCUACACUGCCGCACAGGGGCCCUCUGCCGGCUAUUACACGCAGCAGACCUAUUCCUACCAGCCCAACGGCACGGGCAACAUGCUCCCUCGCCAGCCUCAGCCAUAUCCCAACAUCGAUCCCACCAUGCCGGCCGCCCAAAUGACGAACACGACCGGCGGCACGGGCUGCGAGCCGGGCUACAACUACUUCUUCCCCGCGGAGCACACAAAAGCCCACGUCUUCAAGACAAACACGCCGCCCUGGCAGCUCCCGCCCACGGCACAGAUCCCCUUCAAGGCAGCACACAUCCCGUGCAACACCACCAUGGCAGAGCUGCUCAAGGGCUUCGGCUGCACCAACGCAACGCCCAAGAAGAACAAGUGCUUCGAGGUCGUCAGCGGAGGAGGCGGCAAGUGGUACAAGGGCCUGGAGGUCAACGGCGCGGACAAGGAUAUGUUGAAGAAGACGAUCAAGGACGUGGGAUGGGACUCUACGAGGACUGGCAAUCCGAAUGAGAAGCCUGUGGUUUGCUUGUGGUUCUGUCGAGACUGA